CCUAGGCGGCAUUUGAGAAUUUUUGCAAUUUUUUUCCAUUUACCGAAAAGAUACUGUGAAUUGGCCGGCGCAGCGCCUGCAACGACCGGUAGACGCCCGUUACACCCAUUAUCCAUAUAGCAAAAUAGUGAAAUGAAUGUUCCCCCUAGCGUGGGCAAUGGAGGAGCGCCACCAGGAAGGGGCAUGGGCUACACGCCGCCGAACGCCAUCGUGCCGCAGUUUCCGCCGCCCGGAUUCGCGGCCCCGCCCCCGCCGGAGCUGGCCGCCGCCUUCGGCGUGAUGGCCACCAGCACCGAGUGGACGGAGCACAAGGCGCCGGACGGACGACCCUACUACUACAACCAGAACACCAAGCAGAGCUCGUGGGAGAAGCCGGAGGCCCUGAUGACGCCCGCCGAGCUGCUGCACAACCAGUGCCCCUGGAAGGAGUACCGCUCGGACACGGGCAAGGUCUACUACCACAACGUGGCCACCAAGGAGACCUGCUGGGAGCCGCCGCCGGAGUACGUGGACAUGAAGGCCAAGGCGAAGGCGGAGGAAGCUGCUGCCGCCGCCAAGGCCGUGGCGGCCAUGACCUCAUCCAGCCUGGCGGGCAUGGUUCCCCACGCUGCCCUGGCCAACAUCCUACCUGCCGCUUUGCCCGCUGCCCCCAGGAUACCCACCCCCGAGAUCCAUUCGCCGCUGACGCCCGGCAGCAACGACAACUCCUCCUCGGCCAUGGACCAAGCCAUGGCGGCCACUCUGGCGUCCAUAGAGGUGCCCCAACAGAACUCCAAAAAGGACGACAAGUCGGACAAUGCUGUGGUGUUCAAGGACAAACGCGAGGCCAUCGAAUCCUUUAAAGAGCUUCUGAGGGACCGCAAUGUGCCCUCAAACGCCAACUGGGAUCAGUGCGUGAAGAUCAUAUCCAAGGAUCCCCGCUACGCCGCUUUCAAGAACCUCAACGAGCGCAAGCAGACCUUCAAUGCCUACAAGACGCAGAAGAUCAAGGACGAGCGCGAGGAGUCGCGGCUGAAGGCGAAGAAGGCCAAGGAGGACCUGGAGCAGUUCCUCAUGUCUAGCGACAAGAUGAACUCGCAGAUGAAGUACUUCCGCUGCGAAGAGGUCUUUGCCGGGACGCGAACGUGGACGGUGGUGCCGGAACCGGAUCGAAGGGAUAUAUACGAGGACUGUAUAUUCAACUUGGCCAAGCGGGAGAAGGAGGAGGCGCGGCUGCUGAAGAAGCGCAAUAUGAAGGUUCUGGGCGAGCUGCUCGAGUCGAUGACGUCGAUCAAUCAUGCCACCACUUGGUCAGAGGCCCAGGUCAUGCUGCUCGACAAUGCGGCCUUCAAGAACGACGUGACCCUGCUGGGAAUGGACAAGGAGGAUGCCCUCAUUGUCUUCGAGGAGCACAUUCGAACGCUGGAGAAGGAGGAGGACGAGGAACGCGAGCGGGAAAAGAAGCGGAUGAAGCGACAGCAGCGCAAGAACAGGGACUCCUUUCUCGCCCUCCUCGACUCGCUGCACGAAGAGGGCAAGCUCACGUCCAUGUCGCUGUGGGUGGAGCUGUACCCCAUCAUAUCCGCCGAUCUGCGAUUUUCCGCCAUGCUCGGCCAGAAUGGCUCCACACCGCUGGAUCUGUUUAAGUUCUAUGUGGAGAACCUAAAAGCCCGCUUCCAUGACGAAAAGAAAAUCAUUCGGGAGAUACUGAAGGAAAAAGUCUUUGUGGUCCAGGCGAAGACGUCCUUCGAGGACUUUGCCACCGUGGUGUGCGAGGAUAAGCGAUCGGCCAGCCUGGACGCGGGCAAUGUGAAGCUCACCUACAACUCCCUGCUGGAAAAGGCGGAGGCCAUUGAAAAGGAGCGAAUGAAGGAGGAGGUGCGUCGGUUACGGAAGCUGGAGAAUGAGAUUAAGAACGAAUGGCUGGAGGCCAACGUCUCGGUGGCCGAACCCUACGAGAGUGCCAAGAAGCUGGUGGAGCACCUGGAAGCAUUUGCCCUGUACGAAAAGGAAAUCGGAGUGGAGAAGAUCUGGGAGGACUUUAUAAAGGAAAGCGAGGACGCGUGCAGCCAUCACCACUCGCGGUCACGUAAAUCGAAGAAGAACAAAAAGCACAAAAAACGAGUUCGGUCCACGUCGAGAUCGGACAUUGAGAAUGAACAGGUUGAACUGGAGAAGUCCAAGCGAAGACGCUCCAAGUCACGAUCGCAUUCCCUGAGCUCGAUCGGCAGCAUCGAGAGCGAAAAGUUGCUGAAGAAGAAAAAGAAGCGCAAGAACAAACUGCGAGGUUCCUCCUGCGAAUCGGAACUGCCGGGCAACCAGUCGCCCGGAACCCAAGCACUCCUGCAGAACGACUCCAACUCCCAUUCGCCGGCCAAGAAAAAGAAGAAGGAGAAGCGGACCAAGAAGGACAAGGAGGGCAAGCGACACAACAGACACAAUCGCUCCGGCACGCCGCUCAGUCCCGCCCAGUCCAUGGAGUCGGCGGGAUCGCGGAACGAGGAGCUGACCUUGAGUGACGGCGAGCUGGAAUCGAAGCGGGCGGCUCUGCUGGCGCAACUUAGCGAGCAGCUGGACGAGUGACCGGCGGCCGGCGGGCGCUGAGCCUAAGCCGACAUAGACAGCGUGUGGCUGUCACUCUCGAGCUCCAGCUAAAUGCGGGUCAGGAGAAGCAGCUGGCUGAGUCCAAGGUUGCUGGACAAGUUCUCACAGGUCCUUGCACUGCACUCCGCUUCGUUUGGUUAAGAUACAGUCCUGAUCCCAGCACAAGCCACACAGCAAACCACUAAAGUAAUUUCUUAGUCGCAUUAAGUUUCAAUGUAUAAAUGAGAAUUAAAGCUAACAAGUCAAGUUUUAAGUUAAACGCAAAUGAUUUUGAGUCUCCGUCAAAAUAAACUAAAAUUAUGGUAAUUACAGGAA